UUAUGUAAUGUCAAAUCUGACAGCUGUUUACAUUCUUACGUGUUAAAAUGAAAUUUACAUCUUAAAAAUUCGCUCUAAUAUGUGAUACAUAUGCAUUUAAUAAACGUAAUUCUAAUUCGUUGUUGUUCUUGUGUCAAAAAUAACAGGUAGUUCAUUUUGAAAAUCGACAAAAAUGGAAGAAACCUUUAUGCUCAUAUCUUUAGCAGUCGUAAUGCUAAUAGGUUCCUAUAUGGCAGGUUCCAUUCCUCUUUUCAUUAACUUCUCUGAGAGUAAACUGAAAAAGGUGACCGUAUUCGGUUCGGGGUUGCUAGUCGGAACCGCCCUGGCAGUUAUCAUUCCGGAAGGCGUACGAUCGUUGACGAGCGUCACGCAUCCUAAGGAGGUCAACGACAGUGCCGCCGUAAAUCAUAAGCACGGCGAUCCGUUCUCCGUGAUCGGUUUUAGUUUAGUUUUAGGCUUUGUCUUCAUGCUGCUCGUCGAACAAGUCUCGCAGAGCAGGAACGAAUCUCUGAAUCCGGCCGAGCGCAAUGUCACGGCUACUGUGGGGCUCGUCGUGCACGCCGCCGCAGACGGUGUUGCGCUCGGUGCGGCCGCCACCACUAGUCACACCGACGUCGAAAUUAUCGUAUUCCUAGCAAUAAUGUUGCAUAAGGCGCCCGCCGCUUUUGGGCUGGUUACGUUUCUGCUGCACGAAGGGAUUGAGAGGCAGAGGAUACGAAAACACCUGCUCAUCUUUUCGCUUGCGGCCCCGGUGCUGGCGCUCGUCACGUACUUCGGAAUCGGGCAAGAGCAAAAGGAGCGGUUCAGCUCGGUGAACGGGACCGGGAUCGCGAUGCUAUUCUCGGCCGGCACGUUUCUCUACGUCGCCACCGUUCACGUACUGGCCGAGCUCACGCAGAAAGGACACGACCAUAGCUAUACGCGCGUGCAGAACGCCGAGGCCGGCGUGAAGAUCGCGCAAAGCGAAAGGAGCUUGCAGAAUUUGGAACUGCUGAUAUUGGUCGUCGGGUGUUUAACGCCGCUAAUUUUAACGUUCAUUCAUCAUGAUUAAUCGCCAGAAUUAUUGUAUCGGGGAUAUUGGUGUAUACUUAA